AUGGGAUACUCUACAUGCUUUUUCCAGCAAGCCGGACUCAACGAGAAUCAAUCUUUCGACAUCGCUAUGGAACAGUAUGCCCUGGGUGCUGUUGGCACUAUGCUUUCGUGGGGUCUGAUGAGUCGUUUCGGCCGUAGAACUCUAUACCUUUCAGGAUUGGGAUUUCAAUUCAUCAUUCUCCUCAUUACCGGCUUCUUGGGGUUGUCACGGCAGGGAAACUCUGGAGCGUCGUGGGCCGUGGCCGCAAUGAUGGUUGUCUAUACCUUCGUUUACGGCAUGAAAGUCGGUCCCGUAUGCUAUGCACUUGUUCCCGAGAUCCCCGCUAGUCGCCUACGCACCCGAACCGUUGUCUUGGGCCGAAAUCUGUAUAACGUGAUCAACAUCAUCAUGAAUAUCACCAUUCCAUACAUGUUGAACCCGACCGCGUGGAACUGGAAGGCCAAAGCAGGGUUUUUCUAUGCGGGACUUGCUGCCUUCUGUUUCAUCUGGACAUUCUUCCGAUUGUCCGAGACAAAGAACAGGACAAAUGCAGAGCUGGACAUCUUGUUCGAGAACAAGGUCUCUGCACUGAAGUUCAAAGACACCGAGGUCGAUAUCUUUAACAUUGAAGCUGAAGUGAACAGUGACGACAAAGCGCAGGCUGAGCACCACGAGGUCACCAAAUCGUGA